AUUAAUUAAUUAAUUUAUUAAAUAUUUGGUUUAAAUUCCAAAAAAAAAAAAAAAAAAGAAAAGUCUCAAAAUUUUUUUAAAUAAGAAAAAUAAAAAAAUUUCAAUAAACUCAUUCCAUUACUUUCUAUAAAACGAUGGUCCAAGACACAAGUACAAAUAUGGCAUUCCGUAGUGGUGGAAAUAACCGCCGAAGUGGUGGUAAUUUUGGUGGCGGUUUCGGUGGCCGCAAUAUGAAUCCUUGGGAUCAAGGAGGUUUUGGUGGUGGUAUGCGUCAAGGAGGUGGUCCAAUGAAUGCUGAUGCAUUAAGCUUAGCAAAUAAUUUGCUUAAUAAUUUAUUAAGAAAUCAAAAUCCACCAUCCCUUUUAGAUUUACCACGUGGUGGUGGUUCUAUGAGUGGAAAUAGAAAUCGUGGACAGAUGGGCAAUCGUGCCGGUGGCAAUCGUAGUGGUAAUCGUCGUCAAGGAAGUGGUUUCGGUGGUGGUGGUGGUGGUGGUAAUCGUGGCAAUCAAAAGUCUGGCGGUAAUAAUAAAGGCGGUAUCCGUAAACAAAAUGCCUUCGAUCGUGCCAAGAAACUUCUGGCUAAAAAUUCUAAUAAAAAGAAGGAUUCAGCAGACAAAUCCGAAAACAAGUCUUUGAGCAAGGAAUCUAUAUAUGCUGAUGUACCCAAUGAUAUGUUUUACUGUCAUUUAUGCAAGAAGCAUAUGUGGGAUUCAAAUUCAUUUGAAAAUCAUAUUAAGGGACGAACACAUUUAAUGAUGCGUGAAGGUAUUGAAGAAAGUUAUCGUCUUAAAGCAAAUAUGAUACGCCAGGAAGCUAAAAUUGCCGAACAAUUAAAAGCUAUUGAAUUGGAUCGUUUAAAACGUAUUGGUAAAUCAGGUAAAGCAAUGGCACGAGAUUAUUGUACAAUGUGCGACUUGAACUUCCACGGUCAUAUGACAUCUCAUCGUAAAACUGAGGGACAUUUGGCAUUGAAGAAAUUCUUGCACCCUAAAUGUAUUGAAUGUAAUAAAGAAUUUUCUACGCGUAUUGAAUUCGAUACACAUUUAUUAACACCGGACCAUUUGAAAAAAGCAGCUGAAAAGAAUACUAAAGUUGGUGAACGUAAAAAAGCCAACUUAAUAAUUUUGACUGAGGAAGAAGAAAGUAAAGAUGUUCGUCCACCAGCUAAGAAGAAGAAGAAGUCUGAAACAAAAAAAGCUGAAGGUGAAAAAACUGAUGAGGAAAAGAAAGAAAAUGGUGAAGAGAAUGCUGAAGGUGGUGAAGGUGAUGAAGAAAAAAAAGAGCAUGUAGAAGGUGAAGAAAAUAAAGACGCUGAUAUGAAUGAGACAAAGGAAGAAGAGGAAGAGGAAGAAGUUACAUUAGCUGAAGAUCCAGCUGACUGUAUAUUAGAUUAUCAUGAUGGAGAUGAAGUACCAGUUGAAAUUGAAGCCAGAUUACCAAAGUAUAAUUGGUUGCGCCCAGUUGGUACAAGCUUAAUACAUAAAUUGGAAUGUUUUGAAUGUCAAUUGUGUGCCAAAUUCUUUGACACCGAAAAAACUGCUGAAAUUCAUACUAGAACUGUGUCACAUCAUAGACAAUUUACAAAAUUCUUGAAUGAAAAAUCAAGUGACACAAAAAUUGCACAAAAACGUGCCGCAGCCGCUAUCGAAGAAAGCGAACGUAAAAAGCGUCGUAUUGAAGAAGCUGCAGCUGCAGCUCAAAAAGAAGAUGAAAAUGGUGAAAAAGAAGAAGAUGAAAAUGCCGAAGGUGGUGAUGGCGAUUUAUAUGAUCCAUCUGAGGCAACUGGUGAUGAAGAUGUUGAUAUGAAUAAUGACGCAAAUGGUGAUGCAUCUGAAGGUAAAAAUGAGCAAAAUGGUCAAAUCGAAGAAGAUAAACAAGAAGAAAUGGAAACAGAAGAACCAGAAGUUAAGGAACCCGAACCAGAACCAGAGCCAGAACAACAGGAACCAGAACCAGAAAUUGCUGAACCAGAAAAAACUAAAUCACCAGCUAAAGGUGCUGCUGCAAAAACACCAGCAGCAAAAACACCUGCCAAAUCAACUCCACGUGGUAAACAACGUGGACGUGGUCGUUACAAUUAUUAAAUUCACCAUUUAACAAAUAUACACAUAAAUGCAUAAAUAUGAUAAACAAAACACAAUAUUCACCAUUAAGAAAAAAAAAAAACCAUUUUUAAAAUAUUGUAUUUAAAAACAAAAAAAAAAACAUAAACAAAAGCAAAAAAAACCUAACAAAUAUAAUUAAAGUUAGGAAAAAUCAAUUUUUUGUAUUAGUAAAUGUUUUUUCAAAUUUUUAUAUUUUUAUUUAAAUUAAAUCCUAUAUAUAUAUACAUAUAUUUAUGCAUAUGUGUUGAUAUAGAUAUAUAUAUUAUAUAUAAUUAUAGUUCGCAUAUAAUUUAAGAUAAAUUUUCAUAAUUAUGGAAAAAAAAAUUCUUCCUGCAACUUAAUUAAUAGGACCCUUAGUUUGUAAUCAACAUUAUAAAAUUAAAAUGAUAAUUGUAUGAUUUAUUUUAUUUUUUUUUUUUUUAUUUUGAUUUUUUAGUUAUUGAAGUUUCAAUAACUGUGUGUAUAAUUAAUUUUAGAACAAAAAAUUAAUAACUUAGUAAUUAUUAUGAUCGUAGAAAAAACAAAACAAAUAAACAUGCAUUAUUCAGACAAGACAAAUGUUGUCACUUGUAAAACUAAAAAAUUUAAAUAAUAAUUAAGAAAUAAAUUCAAUAUCUUUAAUAUAUUAUUAAAUUAUGUCAUGAAACAUCCGCGUAUAACAAGAUCGAAACAAAGUAUAAGAUUAAAAUCCUUUAAUAAAAUAUUAAGUACACAUUGGAUUGUACGACCAAAACCAAAAUAA